AUGGGUUCCGUUUUUCUGAUGUGCUCUCUUAAGAGGUAUGUGCUGCUCUUUGUGAUUUUUUCCUUUGUUCAUCGCGCACCGGCUUCAGUCACACAUUACUCCAUUCCUGAAGAAAUGAAGGAAGGAUCAGUAGUUGCUAACCUUGCAAACGAUCUGAGUUUGGAUGUUAAAACACUGAACAAGAGGAAAAUGCGGCUGGAUAUCAUUGCAAAUAAGCGCUAUCUGGAUGUGAAUAAAGAGAGUGGUGAUCUGUAUAUUGUGGAGAAAAUAGACAGAGAAAUCCUUUGCCCUACUAAAUCAUCAGCCUCUUGUUAUCUGAAAUUAGAGGUUAUUUUGGAAAAUCCUGUGCGAAUUUUUAACAUCGAGGUAGAAAUAUUGGAUAUGAACGACAAUGCCCCUCAAUUUAGGAGAGACGUCAUUCAUUUGGAUAUAUCUGAAUCCACUCCAAAACGAGAAAGAUUCUCUCUCAGUAACGCAGUCGAUCCAGACGUUGGAAGCAAUACAGUCAAAACUUAUCAUCUCAGUGAAAGUGAGCAUUUCGACAUUGAAGUGCAGACUGGAAGGGAUGGGUCCAAAUUUGCUGAAUUAAUAUUAAAGGAGGCUUUAGACCGAGAGCAGCAGGCCGUGCAUAAUCUAAUACUAACAUCAGUAGAUGGUGGUAAACCACCACGUUCUGGUACUGCCAAAGUUAUUGUUCAGGUAUUAGACACCAAUGAUAAUGCCCCUUUAUUCAAUAAGUCUUUUUACAGUGUUAAAAUAAUAGAAAAUUCCCCCAUUGGAAGCCUUGUUAUUGAUUUAAAUGCUACAGACUUGGAUGAGGGCUCCAACUCUGACUUAACAUAUUCUUAUAGUUUAUAUACGCCAGAGAAAACACAAGAAACAUUUAGUUUGAAUCCUUCUACUGGUGAAAUUACAGUUAAAGGCAUGUUGAAUUAUGAAGACUUUAAAAUUUAUGAUAUGGAAGUUAUUGCAACAGACAAAGGAGUCGAUAGUUUAUCAGGACAAUGUACAAUCAAAAUUCAAGUUGAGGACAUGAAUGAUAAUCAUCCAGAAAUAUCCAUUAAAUCUUUCCAAAGUCCAAUCAGUGAGAAUAUUGAUAUUGACACUGUGAUAGCAGUGGUCAGUGUCAGUGAUAAGGACUCAGGGAACAAUGGAGUGGUAGAUCUUUACAUUCCCCGUAACAUGCCUUUCAAACUGACGGAGUCCUCUGAUAAUUAUUAUAAAUUAGUAGUGUCAGAGCCAUUGGACCGUGAGAAGGUUCCAGAAUAUGACAUCACAUUCACUGUGACAGACAGAGGCUCCCCUCCUUUAUGUGACAAUGAAACAAUGACUCUACAGCUUCUGGAUGUAAAUGACAACGUCCCACACUUCCCCCAGUCAUUUUAUACAAUUCGUGUGAUGGAAAAUAAUGCUCCAGGUGCUUUGCUCAGUUCCCUUAGUGCAUUUGACCCGGAUCUUCAUGAGAACCAGUACCUGGUUUACUUUAUUGUGGAGAAGGAAAUAGCUAACACCUCCAUGUCCAUGCUGUUCUCCAUCAACCCCGAGAAUGGAAACCUUUACGCUCUCAAGACUUUUGACUAUGAGAUGGAGAAGGACUUUCUUUUCCAUAUUGAGGCCAGAGACUCUGGUUCUCCUCCGCUCAGCAGCAACGUGAGUGUCCACAUCAUCAUUGUUGACCAGAAUGACAAUGCUCCAGUUAUCGUUUCUCCAUGGCGAGCGCACGGCUCAGUGGUGGAGGAAAAGAUUCCCAGAUCCACGGAUAAAGGCUCUCUGGUGGCCAAGGUGAUAGCCUUGGAUGUGGAUUCUGUGCACAACUCUCGCAUCAGCUACCAAUUCCUACAGGUGAGUGAUGCCUCCUUGUUCAGUCUGGACCAGUAUAACGGAGAGAUCCGUACCAUGAGAAUGUUCAGUUACAAAGAUUGGCGGCACCAUAGACUGGUUGUUGCUGCCAAAGACAAUGGGGAUCCUGCUCUCUCAGCUACAGUCACCAUCAAGCUGUCCACUGUGGAAACCGCUGUGAAGGCCUACUCGGACAUGACCGAGGUGCCUUUGGAAUAUGACAUCUUCUCAGACCUCAAUCUGUAUUUGGUCAUCGGUCUGGGCUCGGUGUCCUUCCUGCUGCUCAUCACCAUUUUAGUAACCAUCGUGCUCAAGUGUCAGAAGGUCAAACCCAGCAAAGCAGCUCCUCCCUGCAGGAAUAGCGUGAUCAGUGAGAGGAACUCCACCAUCGCAGAUUCCACUCUGGUGUCCAACGAUGCCUAUUGGUACAGUCUGUUUCUAGCAGAGACCAGGAAAGGAAAGCUGGUGGUCAGACAGCCCGUGCCAAAGGGCUCCAGAUACAUUGUGUCCAGUAUUCCCCGGGGCACAGGCGUGUCAGAAACUAGCGACUCCGCUCCUUCCACUCUGCAGGUAUGA